GGUUAGGAGAUGCGCAUUGCCUUCGAACGUAACGAAACCCGGAAGGAUGGUUGAACAUUAAUUUGCAUUCUAAAACAACAGUGCAGCGAAAAAAGAAAAAAACUGAAGCUUCAGCUUCUAAUACAACAGGCGUGGUGCAGAUCGUCUCCUCCCCGGGAGGAUGUUGUGUGGUGCAGCGGGAUCCGGGACAUUCAUCAUAGUCUCAGUAGUGACCGUUAUUCUGCUGAAUCUUGUUGGUUUCACACAAGCAAAGAACUUUGAAGAUGUUCGCUGCAAAUGCAUCUGCCCUCCAUACAGGAACAUCACUGGCCACAUCUAUAACAGAAAUGUGUCCCAGAAGGAUUGUAACUGCCUCCAUGUAGUGGAGCCGAUGCCGGUGCCUGGGCACGAUGUCGAGGCGUACUGCCUGCUGUGUGAGUGCAAGUACGAGGAACGAAGCAGCAACACCAUCAAGGUAACCAUCAUCAUUUACCUGUCUGUUGUGGGGGCACUGCUGCUCUACAUGCUGUUUCUGCUACUGGUCGAUCCUCUUAUCCGCAAACGCGAGCCCUACACCCAGCCACUGCACAAUGAGGAGGACUCUGAGGAGAUGCGUCCACCGGUGGACAGCAGCCAGGCGAAAGGGAACACGGUGCUGGAGCGUGUCGAAGGAGCACAGCAGCGCUGGAAGAAACAGGUCCAGGAGCAGCGUAAGACUGUUUUUGACCGCCACAAGCUGCUCAGCUAAACCCUGCGACGAACCUCUAAACAUGUUUAGAAUAGGUAACUUCAUCUGGUCCAGCGCACUGGCCUCAGCUGUACUGUUACUCACUCCACUGUCACUUUCCUCACUAAGAAACGCUUCAACGCACUGAUCAAACAAGCAGAUAUUUUCUAUUUAUUAGAUGCAGCACUAAAGGCUAAGCUACAUUUUGCACUCUUAACGACUACUACAUAUGGAAUGUCUUGAUGGUAAGAACUUUUCUUGUCUGUGAAGCCAGACUCUGAAAAGCAUUUAAGCCUCUUCAUGGUACUUUUUAUCAGCUCUUUGCUAAUUUGAUAUUAUAUUAAGCCUUUUUUUCUUGUAGCAUAAAUGAUGACGUUACCUCUGAACAGGUAAAGCUUUGUGUUUGUGAAUGAUCCGUUUUUGCUAAUGAGGUAGAAAGCAUACCGUUCUAUUUCCAAGUAUUGCACAUUUUAUAAUUUGGUAAAAAUGAUAUGUUAUUUAUAUUGUAGCUCUGGGCGUAUUUGGUAUCAUUUGCACUUUUAAUUUAGGUAAAGGCUUGUACAUUUUGGGCUUUGUAAUUUUAAAGCUUUGACGUUGGCGCUUAAAUCUUGGUUUUUGUCAUCUUGCUAAAUGUAAAAGACAAACUACUGCAGAUAUAUCGUUGUCUAAGUAAACGUUAUGUUUCUUUAACUUAAACUUAAUCAUUUACCUUGAGUUGAACUUAAUCUGACCUUUUGGAUCACUGAGUUAAGCACAAGGCCACGUUUACACUCUCUGUUUUGCAGUCUAGCUCGAACAUACUUUCCAAAGCAAGCAGAGAUAUGGAGUAGGGGACAUUUAACAGAGCUUUUAACUCAAAUUAAUCCAUUCUCUGCCAGUGGAGGAAGUCCUAAAUCAGCAGAGCUGCUGAUAAUGCGGUAAAGUACGGCCAAACCUUGAAGGGCCGUCGUAUGCAUCACUAUGCCGAUGUUCCCCUUCACAUUUUACAAAACAAAGCUUAAAUAAGAAAGGUAUGCUGAAAUACAUAACCUCAUGCUUAUUACAAACUGGUGAACUUUAUUUGUUUAUCUGUGAGGCUUUAUUUCAUCACUGAAGAGUUUUUGAUUGAAUUGUGUAUAAUUUCACGUCAGUGGUAUCAGUGUUUUGUGCUUAUAUUUAUUAAUUUCUAGCAUAAAUGGAGUAUUCCAGUUCUUGAAUCAAUACAUUCUGCUUGAUGUGAAAUAAUAAAUAAAAAACCCUUGAGUGUAAAAAUGUU